UUUUGAUUAAUAUUAAAAAUGUCUGAUUUAGACGUCUCGUUCACUGAGAGAGACUGGCUUUUUGCUUUCGUAGGAGGAAUUAUCAUUGGAAUAGCGACUUCCCUCAACUUUGCCUUGAUGGGAAGAAUAACUGGUUUUAGUGGUAUUUUCAAUACUUUGAUCAAGUUUGACAUAAAAGGAGGUCUUCGCUGGAAAUUCUGAUUCAUUACAGGACUUAUCUACACUGGUUUCCUCCUUUAUUAUCUUGGAGAUGAUGGAAUUGUCAAAUUCAAGGGUAUAAGCUUGCUCGGUAUUGACAGAAUCGGAAUUCAAAUGUUUGAUUCACGAGAUGCAAAAAUAGAAGGACUCAGCUUAUAUGGAUGGAUUGUGAGUGGACUUUUAGUGGGAAUUGGGACAAAAGCUGGAAAUGGAUGUACCAGUGGACACGGUGUCUGUGGAAUCCCAAGAUUUAGUCCAAGAUCUCUCGUUGCAGUAAUGACAUUUAUGGCAACUUGUGCAUUCACAGCAACAUACAGAAAGAAUUCUCCAUUUUGGGAUGAGGAAUACACAUUUACCUCAGAAUUUGAUGAUUCUUACAGAUGGGCUCUAGUGUUAGUAGCAAAUGGUUUACUAAUUUCUUUCUUUGUAAUCUAUCUAAUAACUCUUGUGAUAGAUAAAGAAACUAUGCUGCCAUUAAUUGAAACUCCAGUGUCAAUAAUUAUUGGUGGAAUCUUUGCUUUUGGACUUUGUCUUAGCGGGAUGACAAGGAGAACUAAAGUUUACAACUUCUUCACAAUUUCUUCAGAUUGGGAUCCUUCCUUAGGAUUUGUAAUGGGUGGAGCAAUCUUGGUGAAUGUUAUAACAUUUACUUAUGUUAUUAAGCACAGAGGAAGGCCAUUCUUUGUGAGGAAGUUAGGCCCAUUAGCCAAUGGAUUUCCAGAUCUCAAAUUGUUCUUUGGAGCAGCUGUAUUUGGAAUUGGAUGGGGUAUCUGCGGAUUAUGUCCAGGACCAGCUAUGCUAAACUCUAUUCAUCUUACUCAUUGUUUAAUCUGGCUUCCUGCUGUUGGUGCUGGCCAGUUGUUUUGGGAAGGAUUAGAAAAAUUUUAUUCAUCAAUCUUUGGCAAAGCUCCAAGGACAAAACAAAAGAGAGAUUAACGAUAUUCUUCAAUUAAAUAAAUAGUUUCAGG